AUGGCAAACCAUAUCUACAGCAGCAACGUCACCAUCAACUACUACGGUAGUGGCUACGGCGGCAGUGGCCGAGGAGGGGGUCACGGAGGAAGCCACGGAGGAGACGGUCGUGGUGGCCGUGGAGGCGGUCGUGGAGGCGUUGUAUCCAAGAAGAGAAGCAACCGCCACGCUGAACAGAACCAGAGCCCCCCCACAGCUGGAGACAACGAGACCCCAAUCCUUGACAGCAACGACGAGAGCCCAUCUUCUGCCCACAAUAACGAGGCCGAGUCUCCCUCUUGCGGCCGUGAGGUCGAGUCUUCUAUCACCAACCUUUAA